GGGGUCAGUCCCACAUUCCCACUAAAAUUUCCAAGGCAAGACCUGCUUCAGAAGCCUGCAAUGGAUUACAAGGUUUUCUGCUUGGUGGCCAUUGCCCUAUUUGUGGGCUCCAUCAGCUCAGCCAGUGGAGAGACAAGAUCUACUGAAGACCAAUGCUCCGUGGAACGAUUGGCACGUGUGAACUGUGGAUAUUCAGAUAUCACACCAGAUGAAUGCACCAAAGAAGGAUGCUGCUUUGACGAUACUAUUUAUGACGCCAUAUGGUGCUUCUAUCCUCGUGGAACGCCUUAUUGCUAAAGAAAUGGAAUUUUCUGAAGAAUACAGCUUUUGCCAGUGGAGCAAUGCAACUAAGGAGAGAUCUUCAAUCAAACGUAUCCAUUACAUCACAGAUCCUUAAAUUAUUCCUGAUCAGUUUUCCCCCUUGAAAGGAAUUUCUUUUUAUGUAUUUAAAUGUGUUGCAGCCAGUUACUUGCAUAAUAAAACUGCAAAUGCAAUCAUA